AGGAGUCGGGCACCCGGUACCGGCGGGAUUGGCUGCGGUUCCGUGACGCGGAGGGGUGGAACCGCAUUACCACCGGGAUGAGCGCGGCCGAGGGCCGGCCCCGGUGCCGGUGGGGCGGCGGCGGCGGCGGCGGCGAGGCGGUGCUCCGUGCCCGUGCUGAGGCCGCCGGUUACCGGAGGCUGCUGCGAGCCCGAGCCGCCGAGGUGGAGGCGUUGCGGGGGGCGGUGGGCGCGUUACACCGGCAGCUGGAGGGGCUGCGGGACCGGCGGAGCGGGGAGCUGGCCAAGUACCAGGAGCGGGUGGCGGAGCUGGAGCGGGAGAUCGGGGCGGCGGAGGCGGAGAUGGCCCGGUGCCUGCGGGAGUACCCGGCGCUGCUGCGGCUGCGGAUGGCGCUGGAGGCGGAGAUCGCCGCGUACCGGGAGAUGCUGGAGAGCGAGGAGCUCCGCCUGGGCGGCUUGGCCCCGCCGUGAGCGGACCCCUGGAGCCCCGGUCCCACCACCGGACCCCGGCCCUGCCGUUACCACUGGACCCGCGGUCCCGGGACCGGAUCCUCAGCCCCACCACCAGACCCCGGUUCCUCCACCGGACCCCAGACCCCCGACUCCUGCGGCCCGGGCCACGAUUCCCUGGGAGCCUCUGGACCUCUCUGGACUCACGGAGCCCCGGUCCUUCUGCCCCCCCCGUUCCACGGGUCCCCCGGACUUCUGCGUGCCCGCCUGCCCCGGGACCGCGGGAGGGCAGCGCCCGGGGGGACACACUCUCACCAGCCUCUCCGGGGUGGGGGUCCCGGCCCAGACCCGUGUGGAAGCACCUCAAUAAAGCCCCGUGGCAUCA